UGACCUCUGGAAUGAGUAUAGUCGCAGCUCCUGUGCAAUUUACUUCCUUUAUUUAGCCCAUUGUGGCCUAUUUGGAAUCUAACACUUGCAGAACAAAAGUGUUUUUCAUGAGAAGAAAGAUCACGAACAUGAACGAGCUUGACAAGGAUCAAAUUUCAAUGCUCAAGUCCACUUUCGAUGCUUUUGAUGUAGACAGAAAAGGUUACAUUGAAACAGAAAUGAUAGGCAUGAUUAUGGACAUGCUGGGUGCUCAAGUUGGUGCUGAUGAACUGGAGUGUAUCAUAAGCGAAAUUGAUGAAGAUGAAAAUGGCGAAAUAACAUUCGAUGAAUUUCUUACUUUGGCAGCCAAAUUCUUGGUUGAAGACGAUGAAGAUACUGAUGCUAUACAAAUCGAACUCAAGGGUGCUUUCAGAAUGUAUGAUAAGGAAGGAAAUGGUUUCAUAACAACCCAGGUCUUGAGAGAAAUCCUUAGGGAACUUGAUGAUAACUUGAGUGAAACAGAUCUUGACAAUAUGAUAGAGGAAAUUGACACUGAUGGAUCAGGAACAGUUGACUGGGAAGAGUUUCGAGCAGUGAUGAUUGGUUGAGUACAUAAUGAAUAACUUUUCUAUUUUUUGACAUACAUAACAUAUAACUAUUGAAUGUUGAAUACAUUAAUUAUGGUGUAAUUAUAUGUUUUUCCAUUUUUUCAACAAAUUGAUAAGGAUAGAACUUAACCAUUGAUUAUAAGUAAAAAUCUACAAAAUCAUUAUAUUAUAAAAUUCUCAA